GGCAUUCAAUGCUAUCGUGGGGCGCCUUUUCCGAGGUCAUCUCGGUCCUCUCUCCGCGAUGGUACUCAACGAAGUAGCUUACUUGGGUCAAUAACGGAGUGUUAUAGUCGAAUAGCUUCUGUCCAAUCCGAUAUUUGGUCGACAUCGGCCCUGGCUUGAAUGUCCUUUUCUGUUUCCGCCUUUUACUAACCCACCUCUCGCUCUCAUCUUGAUCCAUGAUCUUCCAAUAACUUUUGCAUCUGUAACAUUUCGACAUUUCUUGCAUAUUUCUGUAACAACAAGUCACCAAUUGCUCAUCUUUAAUCAUUCUCAUCGUCAUAUCACCACUCUCACCUCUCUCAUACCUUCAUCAUGGCAACUGAUCGUGUCAAGGCCUCCGUCCUUCAUGGAGAGAAGGAUCUCCGUCUGGAAGAGCGUGAACUUCCUCAACCCUCAAGCAACGAAGUCCAAGUCGCCGUCAAGUCAACCGGCCUCUGCGGCUCCGAUCUUCACUACUACAACCACUUCCGCAACGGCGACAUCAUCGUUCGCGAACCUCUUACUCUCGGCCACGAGUCCGCAGGCACAGUCGUAGCCGUUGGCUCAGAAGUUACACAUCUCAAGCCUGGCGACCAUGUCGCUCUUGAGGUCGGUCUACCUUGUGAGGCUUGUGAGCUCUGCGGUGAGGGUCGUUACAACAUCUGCCGUGGAAUGAAGUUCCGUAGCUCGGCGAAGGCCAAUCCUCAUGCGCAGGGAACUCUACAAGAGAGAAUCAAUCACCCUGCUAAGUGGUGUCACAAAAUGCCUGAACAUGUCACUCUCGAUCUCGGCGCUCUCGUGGAGCCUCUCUCAGUCGCAAUGCACGCCCGAGACCGCGCAGCCCUUCCCAAGGGCUCAACAGUCCUCGUCCUCGGCGCCGGUGCUGUCGGUCUUCUAGCAGCCGCUGUCGCAAAGGCUGAUCAAGCCAGGACCAUCAUCAUCGCCGAUAUUCUCAAGGAUCGUCUUGACUUUGCCAUCAACAACGGUUUCGCCGAUGCUUCAGUCGUCGUCCCCAUGGAGCGCCCACAAACUAUCGAGGACAAGCUUGCCUUUGCUCAAAAGGUUGCUGCUAUGGUGAAAGAGACACAGGUCAACGGAGAGGCUGUCGGUGAGGUCACAGCUGUGUACGAGUGCACUGGUGUAGAAACCUGUGUGCAAACAGCUAUCUACGCUACCAAGCCUGGAGGCAAGGUCAUGAUCAUUGGCAUGGGAACUCCUGUCCUUACCAUCCCUAUGUCUGCUGCUGCUCUUCGCGAAGUAGACAUCGUGGGUGUCUUCCGUUACGCCAACACAUACAAGGAGAUCAUUGAGCUCUUAGCCAAUCCUCCUGCCAACAUGCCUGACGUGAGCCGUCUGGUCACUCAAAGAUACAAGGGCAUGGAGAAUAUUGAAGAUGCUUUCAAGAUGGCUGGCAAAGUGAGAGACGAACAAGGUAACCUUGUUAUUAAGGUUGUGGUGGACUUCAGUGAAAAAUGACUAAAAGGUCGGUUGUAAACCAAUAAUGGUUGUGUGAGUCUACGAGUGAGGUAUUCAUGAACGGGGUAAAAGGCGUGUUGUAUGGGGUCUUGGGGAUUAUAGAUACCUGAUUUCUAGCAAAAUGAUGAGACAUUUAACU